AUGGAUCAGACCACAGCCAUGCCCAUGGUAGCCACCUCAAAAGCUGAGCUUCUGCAAGCCGAUGCGGAGCUCUUUUGCCACACCUUUGCGUACCUCAAGUCCAUGGCAUUGAACAGUGCCGUGAAGCUUGGAAUCCCUCAUGCCCUCCACCGCUGCGGUGGCGCCGGCUCCUUGCCCGAGCUGCUCUCCGCCGUCCCGCUCCAUCCAAGCAAACGCCCCUACCUGGGUCGCCUCAUGAAGAUGCUGGCUGCGGCCGGGAUCUUCACGGCCGAGGAUGUUCCUGCCGGCGGCGAUGGGGCACGAACCACGGUUUUCCACCUCAACGCGGUUUCUCGUCUCCUGGUGGACGGCAGCUCAUGCAUGUCGCCGUGCGUGCUCCUCGGCACCACCGACUUGUUCGUGUCGGCCUCCUUACGGCUGCACCAGUGGCUCCUGAGCGAGGAGGAGGGGGCCACGACGGGCUCGCCGUUCAUGAUGGCGCAUGACGGGAGCUUGUAUGGCGUCGGUAGCCGUGACCCCGAAUUCAAUGCCUUGUUCAACGGGGCCAUGGGUGCCACCAGCGAGUUCGUCGCCGCCCUUGCUGUCCGUGAAUGCAGCGAGGUGUUCGCUGGGAUAACGUCGUUGGUUGACGUUGCUGGUGGGAACGGCACCACGGCGAGGACCAUAGCCGAGGCUUUCCCAGGUGUCAAGUGCUCGGUGUUGGACCUCCCACAUGUGAUAGAAGGAAUCUCGCCCGAUGGCACGGUUGAGAUUGUUUCUGGUGACAUGAUGGAGUUCGUGCCACCCGCUGAUGCUGUUCUGCUUAAGUACGUGCUACAUAACUGGAGCGAUCAGGACUGCGUGAAGAUCCUCACGCGAUGUAGACAGGCCAUUUCCCAGGUAGCCAAAGCUGGCAAGGUGAUAAUCAUUGAUACCGUCGUUGGAUCGCCCACACCUCAAAUACUUGAAGGCCAGCUUACCAUGGAUUUGUCCAUGAUGAUGUUAUUUAAUGGUAAAGCAAGGGACGAGCAGAACUGGCACAAGAUGUUCAUGGAAGCGGGGUUUAGUCACUACAAAAUUCACAACGUCUUGGGAAUGCGGUCCCUCAUCGAAGUCCAUCCGUAG